AUGGUACCAUUACCGGACGGUGGACAAAUACCAGUGAUUGGAAAAUUUGAUGGUGAUUAUCAAUUUGAUAAUCGAAAAACAACAUUAAUAUGGACAUUACCUGUUGUUGAUCAAUCAAAUUCUGAAGGAGCAUUAGAAUUUACAAUUCGAGGAAAAUCAGUUGAUUUUUUUCCCAUUCAAGUAGAUUUCAUUGCUGAAACAUCAUAUUGUGAUAUUAAAAUUGCUGACGUCAAAUCUGUUGACAAUCGUAAAUCUGUUAUGUAUUCAAAUGAAUCACAGCUUAUUGUUGAUAAAUAUGAAUAUGUUUAA